CCAAUCAUGAAAGAAGGGCAAAAGCCUGACCCAGCAAAUUCAAUGCUGGGCAAGUGAAGAGAGAGGGAGGGGAUUUAUCUAGGCCCUAGGGUUCGAUCAACGAGUUAUAUAUAAUUAAGCUUCAAGCAAAGUCAUAAAGGUGUUUCUGUUCAGCUCUACAGAGGAUGUCACAAAGAACGGCUGGCAGUGUGUGACAAAGUCAAAAGUCCGUACUGAAUAAAAAGAAAGUCCGUACUGAAUAAAUCCGUCGGUUGCCUUCCUUUUUGUGAAAGUCAUGGUGAAGAGUCCGAAGACGAAGAGGUUAGUUUAUGGUGAGUGGAUUGGCCGUUGUGGGAACUUCAACGCCUUUCAAGUUGUGGUUGGAGUACAGUGGGUUUCUCUUUCCCAGAGGCGCCAGCGGAAGGUUAUAAGAGAGUUCAAGAACCAAAUUGGAUUGGAUUGGAUGCAUAAAGUAUGCCUGUUAUCAGCCGGCAGGGGAUUUUUUUUUCCAGCGGUCAAAUCGAUGCAGCAAUGUGGUUGUUGAUAGUGCCUAGAGAGCAGCAUCUGAUUCCAGUGGAGUGGGAUGUUUCGUCAAAUGUGCUGCACAGUGCGCACCCUGCGCUCAAAGCAGAAAUGCUGGUUUGCUAUGCCAGGACCACAGAUCGCGAUGGCGUGAUGUUAUCAUCAGAGAGACUGGGGCAAGAUACCUGUGAGGACCUGCGGAGGAAAUGAUGCAGUGCCACUUGCGAUUGUGCGCCCCUUAGGCUAGUGCUCAAUGAUGUCGUGGAUGGGUUUUGUUGUGGUUUUGCCCAUGUUGAACAAAAGGGGCUGCAGGGAGGUAAUAGCAUCGCCAUCGCCAUGGCCAUCACCGUCACCAUCAUCCCAGAAAGUGUUUGCAAACUUGAGCACGGACGUCAGGUUUUGCAUGACGCGUGAUGCGUGCCAUUGGGAGAAAAAGAGGGUGGUGAAUUGGAGGGACACAGUCAUGGUUCUUGCCUGCUGCUAUGGAUGAUAGGAUAUUGUGGGUGGGAGGGAGAGUCCUCUGCGGGAGCUAGCAAUGAUGUGAACAUCCUCAUGGUUCUUGCCUGCUGCUAUGGAUGAUAGGAUAUUGUGGGUGGGAGGGAGAGUCCUCUGCAGGAGCUAGCAAUGUGAACAUCCCCUUUCGUUUCCUGUUUUGUUUUUCCCCGCUUUGUUUUUGGAUUUUCUACGGCGGAGUUACGGGGGGGGUUACUACGGAGGUUCGACUGGUUUUUGACUCUUCAGGCUUCUUUCCAUUGCUCGAGUUUGAGGAAGGCUGUGCCACUGGGUCCUUGUUUCAGCUCUGGAAGAGCGUGUGUGACACUGUGUGUUGGCGUGACGAGGCCGGAAGUUUGGCACUUAGUCUAUCGUUUUUUUGUCCCCUUCGGAAUGUGGUGACCUUCAUCAACAGAGCAGGAAUGUGCGUGCUCGCUUCAGCAUGGCACGCCAAAUGAAUGUGUUUCUCGACCUGCUCUGCAGAACCAGAUGAUGCCAGGACUUGGCAUUCUGUACAGGGCCAUUUUAUGGAGCUGCACUGAAAGCGUCAUCAUAUCGAGCUUUGAGGAAGUGUUGGCUCCGUGCGUCACUCGUUAACUUCGAUGUCAGCGGUGUGAUGGCGCUGGCGAGAAUGGUCCGAAAUGGGUCCUCCCAAGUUGAGACUCUUGUGUGUGAUUUAUAUAUCCGAUGAAUGCAGUAGCAUUAUCUGCAGAAGCGGUGAAGGAAUCGGAGGGGGAAGCAGAAGCAGCAGCACUUCGGCGGCUGAAUGUGUGGAACGAAAUUCAACGACAAAGAUUACUAAGUACAAAGGCACAUUUUGGUAAUCGUACACUUACUUCAGACUUCCAGCCAUAUCUGUACGGAUUACGAAAUGAAAUUGGCAAAUUGCUAAUCGAUGUCGAAGCAUUUGGAUUGGGAUUACUCUAUAGCUAUGGAGACCAGCUGUGGUGAGUGUUGUUAGCGUAGGAGGUGUAGUGUAGUCACAAGUAGACUUGUUUGGUCGAUGUCCACUUUUGGAAAAAGGUCUGGGACAUGCAGCAGACUACAAGAUUUCUUUGUUUUUGUGUAUCUUUAACCUUUUUUUUUUUUUUUUUUUUUUUUUUUUUUUUUUUUUUUGCAACGGAGUAACGCUUUUUCAGAAUUUGGUGGUCUUGAGUGGGCAGUGUGAGGUUGACGGCUUUUCUAGAAUAGAAAAUCCUAGUUGAGGGGGUUAGAGGUGGGAUAUUGGAAUUCUGUGCAUGGCACUUUCCUAAUGCCUGUUCAUUUGUGACCUUCUCCUUUAACGCACGUGAUAGUGUCUCGUCCGUUUGAGAAUUCGGAUGUUUUCUCUUAGUCAGUUUAUGAGAUGUGUAGGAUGUAGUAAAGAGUAGGUUCAAAUGGAGGGGCAUUUGGGGUAUAACAACAAGCAGAACUUUUUUUUUUUUUUUUUGUUCCGCCUUUUAUGCAAAUUCUCAGUGUGUGUGCCAAAUGUAUAAAGAAGUAAAUUUUAGUUUGAGCA